AUGCAGAACUUUUCCCAUACAAUUUGGAUGGGAGAUCUUGAGCCAUAUAUGGAUGAAAUGUUUAUUAAAAGAGCCUUUGAAACAUCAGGUGAAAACGUAGUCAGUGUGAAAGUAAUCAGAAAUAAGGCAACUGGCCAAACACUUGGUUAUGGUUUCAUUGAAUUUCCCAAUUCCACAGCUGCGAGGGAUGCGAUGCUGAAAUUAAACGGGAAGCUUAUCCCUGGAGCACCAACUCGAAGAUUCAAGUUGAAUCAUGCCAGUUAUGGGAAAGAUAGCACUUCUAGCAAUGAGUGUUCUUUAUUUGUUGGCGAGUUAACAGAAGAUGUUGAUGAUCUUGCCUUGUUCAAUGCUUUUAAAAAGUAUCCUACUUGUCGAUCAGCUAAAGUUGUAAUGACAAAUGGGAAAUCUCGUGGAUAUGGUUUCGUCCGUUUUUAA